CAGAAAAGUCGAAAAAGUAAACAAAAUGGCGGCCGGCGUACCCUGAAGUGACGCUCCUUGCGUUUCUCAUUUAAUUUUAACACAAAGAACAUUUCAAUUGAAUAUUUAAUGCCAGUUUAGUGUUUCAAAAUGGAUUUCGACGAGGUUGUUGUUAAAGAAAGCCCUGGCUUGUGCCGGUGCUGUCUCUCCGAAGGGUGUUACAAAGAUCUUGGAUCCGAGUAUUCAUGGAUGGGAGACACGGAAAUUUACGCAGAUAUGCUUUUGGAAUGCUUCGACAUUGGUAUAUCGCAACACAUAGAGGGCCCAAACGGUCCGAACCGACUCAUCUGCGAGGUCUGCAUCACGCGGCUCCGAGACGCCUGCAACUUCAAGAAGCAGGUGGUCGAGUCGGAGAAGAAGUUUGUUGAUAUGGUCGGCCGUGGGGAGUUUAGAGACAAAGCAGUGGUGUUCGAGGGCAUGAAGACGGAGCCGCCGCCGCAGGCCGAGGCGCUGGACGUGGAGUACCUCGACGACAUCGACUUUGGAGAAGAAGCGGACCCUGAAGACCUCCUCAAGACUGACACAGACGCGGAAGGCACAGAAGACAUCACAGUGGCAGCACUCCCAGUCAAGCGCGGCCGCGGUCGCCCGCGCAAGCACCCGGCCGUGAAGCCGGAGAAGAAGUCCAAGCUGGCCAAGUACGAGGAGAAGGCGAGAAGCUCCAAGUCCUCAGCUAAAGAUGAAGACGGGAAGAGAACGCACAGCAAUAACCCAUCAAAAAGACGAAGGCGCAAUCUGGAAAUAUUAUUCAACAACACGACAGUUAUUCCCUUUAAAUGGCGAGGAAAAUACCUCUGCUACUACUGCGUGCAAGAGGUGGAACUAUCCGACCUGAAAAAGCACACGAAAUCCCACGGGAACUGCUCGAGCAAGGACUUCGCGAUAAAACAAGUGAAGGCGGGCGACAGGGAAAUCAAACUGGACGUCUCAGACAUAUCCUGUGAGAUUUGCAACGAGCAGUUCCCCAAUUUAGACGAGAUUCUCAUGCAUUUAGUGUUCAAACAUCAGCUGGAGUAUGACAGAGAUGUUGACCUGUUAUUCACUGCGUAUAAGCUGUCGGAUUUGACGUGUCUAGCUUGUGGGGAGAGCUUCAAAAUCUUCAAAGACCUCGCUGCCCACGUCAACAAAAAUCACCCGCAAAGUACGCUAGUCUGCGACCAGUGCUCAAAGAGUUUUACUAAAAAGAGGGACUUGAAAAUACACAUGAAAAACUUCCACAAAGACGGCGGGUACCGAUGUGAUGAAUGCGGUGAGGAAUUCCACUCCAACUGGAAACUAAUAACGCAUAAUGAGGCAAAGCACUUCCACACUUGCAAUGUUUGCAUGAAAAAGUUCUCUUCACAACAGAAGAAGACAAAACACAUAGAGGUAGAACAUUUAAGUGAAGAGGUGUUAACGUGUGGCUUUUGCAACAAGUCGUACACGACUAAGAAGUCGUUUUUGACGCACACAAUCAAAUGCACGACAAGCAAGGAAGCCGAGGAAGAGCCGACGGCAAAAUCGCCGGCAACCGAAUACAAAGUGAAGAAAAUUAGGAACAAUAUAGCGUGCAUUGUGAAUAUGUCGACGGCGCUACCGUUCAAAUACUUUAUGAACCGCUUCAGAUGUUUCUACUGUCCGAAGGAUUUUGUAGAGUCGGACGAUAUGAAAGAGCAUUGUGUUAUGGAGCAUCCGGUCUGUGAUAUCAAACACAGAAGCAUGCGUCUUAGGGGUCUUCAUAAUAUUUACAUUAAACUGGAUAUAACCUCUCUAACUUGUAAAGUGUGCUUUGAAUCCAUGCCAGAUUUGGACACGUUAGUCAACCAUUUAAUCACAGAACACAAGGCUGCAUACGACAAAACAGUAGACAAUAGAAUACAAGCGUUUAGGCUCAUGAAAGACAAUUAUCCGUGCCCGUACUGUCCGCAAAAAGAACCGUUUAGAUACUUCGGACAGGUCCUAAAACACAUGAACAAAGUUCACUCAAACAAUAACCUAAUUUGUAUGUUUUGUGGUACGUCCUUCCGUACGGAUUCGCAUCUGCGCUCGCAUAUAUCGCGGCACCACAGACAAGAAGGCCACAAAUGUAACGACUGCGACAUGGAGUUCCCGACAAAGCUGCGGCUCGUCACACACAUGGCCAAAAUCCACGGCACGAAUCUGGUGAAAUGCCCGGAAUGUCCAGAGAAAUUUCCAAGCACAUACGAGCGGCAGAAGCAUUUGAUUUCCGCACACAAUUGCGGGUCCACAUGCAAAUACUGCGGUAGGAUGUUUACUAGAAACUCGUUCAUGCAUGACCAUAUUCGCCGGACGCAUUUACGGGAGAAAAAAGUCGAGUGCACGAUUUGUAACAUGAGGUUUUUUGACAAUGUCAUGCUCAAAAUGCAUAUGGUGAAGCAUGUCGGUGAUAGAAACUUCCACUGUGAUAUUUGCGGCAAAAAGUUCUUGUGGAAAAAGAAUUUGAGAGGUCACAUGGCGUCCCAUGACAAGCAUAAUAACGUGCACAAUACUGAAAUUCUACAUAUUUAGAUGUUAAAAGGCUCUUAGAGUAUAGUUUAAUCAAAUAGGUAUCUAAAAAACUGUUUAGGUUGU